AUGGGUAUACAAGAUCUUCAAACGUUUUUAGAAAACGAAGGUGUUGGAGUUGAUUUAUUUCGAAUAGCUAGAAACCAUGCCGGCGGGUUCCGCUUAGUUCUCGACGCGGAAGGAUGUCUAGAUCGUCUCUACGGAGGAUAUUUCUCAGAUUGGGCUUGUGGAGGCCAGUGGGCUCGAUGUGUGCAAUUUUUAACCACACUUGCACAGGCACUUGCUGAACAUCAAGUAGCUCUAUGUGUAUGUUUCAAUGGUGCACAUCCUACUCCACCUGCAUUGCCACAGCAUUGGAUACAAACACAAGCUACAUAUCGCCAGAGGGUCAACUCGGUGCUGCGUCACAUUGCUACAAAGGGCACUCCUCCUCCUAAAGUAUGGUGGGUUCCUCCCAUGGGCCUACAUUCCUGCCUCAGAACAGCAUUAAGAUAUCUUAAUAUCCCAAUAAUGGUCUCUUCUGAUGAUCAUUGCCAAGAGGUAGUUGGUCUCUGUCGAGAGAAAACUUAUGCUGGACUUGUUGGGUGCUCUGGAGAAUAUUUAGUCUUUCAACCACCAAGAUACUUUAGCUCAUCACAGCUGAAACUUACAUACAGGUCAUCAUUGGAGACAAAAGAGUACAUGGUGCACGAGCUACCGCAAGUAUUAGAUGUGCCACAGGAUCGACUAUGCCUUAUGGCAGCGCUACUUGGUGGUACUAUUCUAUCUGAGCAAAGUCUUGUUGAUUUCUAUAAGCGGUUGGGAAUUACGCAAAAGAAGCAAGUUCCUCCAGAAGCUUUAGUGAAAGCUAUUUGUCAAUAUGUGCGAGAAUUACCCUCCUCUGAUGUGGAUGCCGCCUGCAUUGAUGUCUUUGGUGACCUUAAUGAUCUCCGAGCUGCCAAAUUGAAACAAGCUGUUCAAUAUUAUUUGAAUGGCACAAAAGAUGGAUUUUUAAAAUACAGAACUGCAUCUGGUCGUCGUCCAAAGAACAACAAAAAAAAUCAGAAGUCUGAUAUUAGUCCACAAUCAACUUCUUUAGACUUGGAUACUUCUAAACUGGCUGCUGAAUCAUCUGAGCAUGAGCAAAAAGGCUUGGACGACUACAAAUUGGCAACAGCAAAUGCAUCAAUUAACGCCGACUUUAGCAUGGAAGAAAGGCCCUCUGACAUACAGCAUGGACUUGCGGCGAUCUCUCUGGAUUCCGGCGAUGCGGGUGCAGCCAAGCAGCAAACUAUCAAUCCAGCUGAUAAAAAUGAAAAACCACAAUCUGCUCCUAAAGAGGUUCGUCCGAAUGUGAAGCAAAUUCAUAAUGAAGACAAUUGUCCUCCGGCCCCAGCUGAAGUGUUACGAACAUGUGCCGAGCGACACGCACGUGGCCUUAUGCACCCUCAGAUGCUAUCGAUCUUGACACAUCGUCAAGUUACCUUGCCUGUACUGAUGGAGGAUGACAAUCACCGUGAAAUACCCUCAAUACACCACUUCUUUAGACCUGUUAGACAAAAUGUGUACGCCAUUUUGUAUAACAUGCACCACCACCGAUUUAUGGCUCAAAAAGCCAAAGAAGAAGGCUCAACAAGUUCAGUGAAUAUUGAUCGCCCUUGCACUGUACAAGUAGCCGAGUGGAUCUAUUCUCGGGUAAAUCCCGGGAAAAGCCCUGAAGUUGUGCCAGGGGUUGUUCUAGAAUGGCCUGUACCAACUGUGCAACGGCUUUGGUUCGGAACUGCCCAAGAUGACAAAUGCCGCCGUAUGAGAGCAUUCCUAUCGUGCAUGCGCUCUGAUACUCCAUUGAUGUUGAAUACAUCUUAUGUUCCCCAACAUUUGCUAAUUUUGGCAACUGUGUUGAGAUUUAUAAUGACUUCUCAAAUUCAAAUAUUGAGGCGACAAGAGCUGGAUGCUUUUUUGGCUACAGCUUUUUCAAACGAUCUCAUGAAUGCACUUCAUUUGCAAGAAAUGACCGUAAGUGUGAAAAGUGUGAAUGGUAUAAACUCACGCGGAGUUCAACUGGGUGCGCUGGUGAUGGCGGGAGCGGAAGCGGCAUUGCUGGCCAAUGACGCAUGCGGCGCCCCCGUGCCCUGGCUAGUCGCUGCGCCCUGGCUCUACUUUGACGGCAAACUACUGCAACGCAACCUACAUCGCGCUAAUCAUUGCAAGCAUCUUGCUCAGCUCUGCGAUAACCAUUUGGAUACGGUGGUCAAGGUAGAACGUAUGCGCAAAGCUAUCUUGGAAGGGCUGGAGGUGGAGUUUGCGAUGCCACCGCUUCCGUUAGUGGCCGGCGUCGUGGGAGGCUCGCUCGGCGGGCAGCUCGGCGGCUGGCCGCGCGGCCGGGGACGCGGCGCGCGCCUGGAGAUUGCAGGCGUCGUCGUGGGACAGUGGGGCGGCGGCAGCUACCCUACGCGCACUACUCGCUACCCACAACAGGUGAGCUACGUGGGUUACACACCGCCGCCUCGCAACGCGUACGGCGGGCGGGGCUGGCGCGGAACGCGCGGCGGUCGGGGACGCGGUCGCGGCCGCGGUGCGGUGUCCACGCCCCCCGCACGCACUGCGAGACGCGCUCGCCGCGAUAUCGAUGAGCCUGUUAAGCCCGCCACGCUUACUAUUAACGGGAAAACUGUAAGGCCUGAAGAUAUAAAUCAACAGGAGGAGGGCAGUCCUCAUGAGGAUCCUUCAGCACCUGACACCGAUGCUGAUGGUACACAGCCUCAAAAACUGAAGACUGGCAAAAAUGUUAAGAAGAAUAUGGGGAAAGGGAAGAAAAAGAGUUCUGGCCAGAAGUCUGAUCUCGCUCAAACAUUGGAGGCUAAUGGCCCACUUGAUAAGAAUAAGGUGGCGGAGCAAUGCCACAAUUCUGAAAAGGAACACAUUGGUCAAGGUGAUGCACCAGUUUCAAACUAA